GCGUACAUGCAUAGUUUGAUAUUCUAUACAAACCCAACCCAACAACUCACAUGACCAACACGCAACCAACCCACACCCCCAAGAAAGAAAACCCCAAAUACAACUUAAACACAAAUACUCCCUGCAUCAAACCAAAUCCAGCCCUCAAACCCAACAAAGUCAAACUCUCGCCUGAAAUACUUCUCCAUUGGGCCAGGUGCAGCUGCAGAAUACCCAGCCGGGUGACUCAACCCAGACCAAAUCGGCCCAGUAUAGCACCGUGAGUAUCACAGGGAGGGAGGUUAGAACCGACUAGUUAAAGUGCAGAGAUCUGUCAGCAAUCACCCAAGAAUCUGGAAACCUGAUCUUGGUUCCCUGCAUAGUCACUGCAUGGGUAUAGUCCUGAGGGGGGUAUAAUUGUGGGUGUUAUCGUAUGUAUGCAGGUUACGGGGAUAGUUCGGCGAUUCAAUAUGGAUAGUAAUAUGUACGCUUUGC